GAACAAAUUCUUUACCAAUUAAAACCUUACUUUCAACUACUGUCGCUUUGGCUUAUCCAAACCAUUAUCCUUACCCCUCCAAGCCUACCAAACCGACACCGCCUUUACUUACUAAAAUAAGCGAAAAACCCCUCACUAAUUAUCAAUCUCAACCAUUAAUCAGUGAAAUUUCAAUACCAAGAAUUAGUCAAAAAACAGAAAGCAGCGAACCAUUACCGCCAAAAGAACAGCUUUUGGCUGUCCUCUCGGCCUCAACGAAAUGUGCUUCUUCCAGUACUGCUAGUACUAGCGAAUAUAGAAAUGUACUCAAAAAAAAUGCUUUCACGAUCUCUAAUCCCUCAAUACAGGACAUGACUCCCGAGGCCGCCGAAUUUUUCUUGACACCGGACUUCCUGGUUCGUGACAAUGGUGGCAAUUUCACGACGAUGGGAGGUUCCAAAAAUAGAGGCCCGAUCAAAAAAAAUCGGAAAUCUUUCGUCGAACAUUUCCGAGGAGGAAAUGUAGAAAAGAACCUAACAAUAAUCUCGGCCCACGACAAAUACGAGUGUAUUUGGGAGGGUUUUGUCAUGGAUGGCACCUUGUUUUUGCAAGGAAAUGCCAUGGAAAACUUCAACUUCAAAAAAGACAGCAUCGUCGCUGUCAUCGAACUCGCAGAAGAAUGCCUGAAAUGCCAUUCUCUAAUAAUCUGUGUUGAAAGACAGACUUCGUUCCUCGCGGCACUUAUGCGCAUUUUCCUAUAUAUAGGAUUUGAGCUCGUCGCGCCUGGGAUUUUUAAUCAUCCCAAUGAUUAUCUGCUCGUUGGAAUGGAGUUUUAA